UUUUUUUUUUUAUCAAAAAUUCCCUAAACUUAAUUAACAAAUAUGAAAGGUAAAAUUAUUUUUAUAAUCGGAAAAGGUAACUACAUCUAGAAGCUUCGUAUUACCUUAAAAGUCUGUUUAUACAAAUACAAGUAGAAGUAGGUCUUGUGAUUUUUUUAUAAAUAAAUCAAUCAUUAAUCAUAGAGUCACAGUGCAUCUAAAUCUUGCUCUAUCCUUCGUUCCCCUUUCCUGCAGUCUCCACUUUUCAAUUUCAAGUCUCCACCCAUUCUUAUCCAACACACGCAAUUUACGAAUCCCAUCGCUGUGAUUGACUUCGAAUCGGAGCAUCAAUGGCGUCCGCGGAUCUGGAGAAGAAGGCCAAAGAAGCGUUCAUUGAUGAUCACUUUGAGCUAGCCGUUGACCUCUACUCUCAGGCGAUUGCUUUGAGCCCUAACAGCGCUGACCUCUUCGUCGACCGCGCCCAGGCCAAUAUCAAACUCCAAAACUGCACCGAGGCUGUUGCUGAUGCAAACAAAGCAAUCGAGUUGGAUCCUUCAAAUGCGAAAGCAUAUCUGCGUAAAGGUGUGGCAUGCAUCAAGCUUGAGGAGUACCAGACUGCCAAGACAGCAUUGGAAAUUGGUGCAACUUUGGCACCUGGAGAUUCCAGGUUUAAAAAAUUGAUCGAAGAAUGUGAUCAGUAUAUUGCAGAGGAAGCUCAAGAGCUGCCUACGCAACUGGCUGAAAAACCUUCAACAGGUGUGGUUACUCCGAAUAAUUUACCACCUGCAGUGGAGUUGUCCAGCCAAGAAAAAGCAGCAUCGUCUACUAGGCUGAAAUAUAGGCAUGAAUUCUAUCAGAAACCAGAGGAAGUUGUCGUAACAAUAUUUGCGAAGGGCAUACCAGCAAACUAUGUUGUGGUUGACUUUGGUGAACAAAUACUUAGUGUUACCAUUGAGGUGCCCGGAGAAGAGGCAUAUCAUUUUCAACCUCGGUUGUUUGGAAAGAUACUUCCUUCUAAGAGUAAAUAUGAAGUCAUGUCUACCAAAAUUGAGAUCAGACUUGCCAAAGCAGACGCUGUUCACUGGACAUCCCUUGAAUUUAGAAGGGAUGUUGCUGUAGCCCAGAAAGUGAACGUACCAACAGGCAAUGAGAAACCCACAUAUCCCUCGUCCAAACCCAAAAGAGUAGAUUGGGAUAAACUGGAAGCUCAAGUAAAAAAGGAGGAAAAGGAUGAAAAACUCGAUGGUGAUGCAGCAUUGAACAAGUUUUUCAGAGACAUAUACAAGGAUGCAGAUGAAGACACGAGAAGAGCCAUGAUGAAAUCAUUUGUAGAGUCUAAUGGAACAGUGCUAUCAACAAACUGGAAAGAAGUUGGAAUGAAAAAGGUUGAAGGAAGUGCUCCGGAUGGCAUGGAGCUUAAGAAAUGGGAACACUGAAGUAUGGCUUUGGAUGCUCCCACAUAAUAUUUUUGAUUAUUUGUCCGAGUUGCAUUUCUUGUGAAGUUGUCCAUAUUUUCUCCUUUAGGUCUGUCAAAACUCGACUGUUUCAUUAGUUCUAACUCUUUUUCUUUAGAUUUUGAGAUGGUUGAUCCACUUUUUGUGGCCUUAACAUUUUGCUUAUUAUUUAUUUGGACUAUUUGAUAAGUCUGUUGCUGGGUGCAA